AUGCAAUCUGGCCAAGGCAACGAAUAUACCGAUGUGCUCAUUGAUUUAAUCGGCACCGAAGACGUUGAAGACGAAUCUCGACCGGAUCCAAUGAAUUUCAGCACAACUCAUCCUGGGAUCAACAGUGCGCUAAUUGCCGCACAGUCAACGGCUCGCCCAGCUGCGCUCAACAGGCGGUCCGACUCUAUGUCUUCGUCCGAAGGUUCGAGCCUGAGAGAUAGAAGUGGACGCUUCGACUUUGAUCGUAUUAGAGAGGAACUGGUUCAACCUUCCAUACCCAAGUCUCACUCAGAUGUCUCUACGCUUUCUUGGUCACGCAGCGUUGGUACCCGUGGGGAGGUCAGUGUGUCCUUAGGGGGACCAGUAGACAUUCACGAGCCAGAGCUGGUUCGCCUUGCUUCCGAGCAAUCAAGGCCACCGACGGCUAGCUCCUCCCGAGAGUUUAGGCAGCCAGGACUCCUAGCUAAUCCAAGCACAAAAGACGCGCCCCCCAUAUCUUUGUUAUCACCCUUAAACUUGAACCCCCCGCUUUCUGAUGGCAAUCUCGGCUCACCACCUGUUGAGGAACCUCGCGUAAUGGAUCUUGCAGACAUACCAAUCGACCCUUCAACACUUCCAAUCUGGCAGAAUAUAGCAGGGUUAUUUGAUUUGAUGCAAUCUCAAAUGACAUCACUUUCCAAGGCACUUGAGCUUGCUCGCACGGAUAGUAUCGUCCUUCGUCAACGUUGCUUAGAACUGGAGUCUCAGCUUGGUAUCAAGAACGGAACGCCGGCGAGCGUGCUCGAACACACCGAUUUACCGAGGGUACCCCCACUUAAACGACCUGAUGAUUUGCGGAGUUUGACUCCGCCUCAUGACCCCACCCUUGAGAGACCAAAACAAACCGGCUCAGAUCCUGCGUUGACUUUCAUUCGAAAUAUUGACGAACUUGUCUGGCGGCGUUCCUUAUUUUCCAAAUCGCCUGCGGAGCUCGCUGCUCUUGCAUUACUCCCGGAUUGUGUGAGGAAUAGCGAGGAUGUUCUAGAUUCUAGAAAUCUCGCGGCAAUGGAGGAGCGAAUCCGGCUUUGGGAGAGUAUAGUAAGAAGGACCCAGACAUAA